CUGCUUCGGAAGUUUAGAUCCAUAUCCUUUAAACAGCGGUAUUUUUUAUUUUUCAUGGUUGCUUGUAUAUUUUAAAUUAUGGCACGAGCACGAACCAAGAAAGACGAUGAAAGCGAGCCUCUUUUGGGUGAUGUAGAUGAAGAUGAAGAUACUGAUAACCAUGGAUCAUUCUCAAAUGAAGCAAAUUCAUCCAGAGGCGGCAUUAAAACAUUUAGAUUGAUGGUGCUUGGAAGUGAUGAAGUUUCAAUGAAUCAAGCUUGUGCUGCCAUCCUUGGGUUACCACAGAGAGAGAAUGUUAUACAUUUUGGAGCAUGCAUACUUAAAGAGGGUCAGAUUAAUGGACGACAGGUCUCUCUAGUGAAAACUCCAUCCUAUUGGCUGGGACACUUGAAUUCAUUUCUGUUUUUCAGCAGAAGAGUCCAAUCUUUGAGAAGUGACAUGGAGUUUUGUGAGUCCAUUGUUUUCCCCGGGCCUCAUGCCUUUCUGCUGGUGCUCAGAGAUGAGAGUAAUUCUGCUAAAGAGCAUUUGCUUUUGCAAGCUUUGUGUGACAUCUAUGGGAAGGAAGUUUUAGAUUACUGUAUGGUGUUAUUUGUGCAUCAUUUGAACAGGGACAUUUUAAACAACCGCUGUGUCAAAAAGUGCAGGCAGAGGUAUCACAUUUUAGAGAACACUGAGAACAAUGUUCCAAAUCUUUUAAAAAACAUUGAAAAUAUGUCAAACUUAUAUAGAACUAGAUAUUUCACAAAACAUGUUAACUUAUUGGAAAACGCUAAAAAAUAUUUCCAGACAGAAUUGAAUAAAAAGCAUACAGCAAUGGAACGUUCUCUAAAAGGAGAAUUGUCGAAAAUCAAAAUUACUGUGAAAGAUAGCAGAAAUGAAAUCACAGAAUUAAAAAGACAAAAUGAUGAGCUACAUAAAGAGUUGGAUGAUGCCCAGGUCAUAGAGAAACAGUUGAGAAGAGGUCUGGAUGAUGCCCAGGUCAUAGAGAAACAGUUGAGAAGAGGUCUGGAUGAUUCCAGAGGCAGAGAGAAACAGUUAAGUGUGGACAAUAUGAAACUUCAAAGUCAAAUAAAAGACACAGAAAAGGGCCUUGGAAAGACAAAUACAGAACUACAAGUCAAAGAAACAGAGUUGUGUAAGAGGCAGAGAGAUCUGCAUAACAGAGAGAGAAAUGUUGAGUCUGAAAAGAGAGAACUAGAGACCAGAGAGAGAGACCUGACGUCUAGAGAGAGAGAACUGGAGUCCAAACUGACCAGAGAAAGAGAUUUGGCUCAGAGAAACACCUGGUCCGGUGGAUCAAAACCUGUGCAGUACAUCAGAACAGCAGAUCCUCCUCCUGCUGACAAUGCCAGACCUCUGGAUAAAGAGACUGGAGCGGAGAGCAGUGAUGGAGAUUCACAAGUCACAAGAUCAGAUGUGACUGAUGAAAUAAAACCUGUGAGACGAAACAGUCUGCCAGAGCCACCCAAUAUGUCUGAAAGUAGUCCUCUACAUACUCUGUGAAUGAGCUGCGAUCCAUGAGGUAAAUAUUCAUAUUUGCUUGUGCACACACAUGCAGGCCAAAUUCAGAUGCAAGUCUUAUUCUUCUGAAUCCUGACAGACAGCAGCGACUAAAGCUGGAAUACUGCUGGACUACAGACUCACUGACUCACAGAUUGGGAGUCAAACAGACUCACUAAAGGGAAGCGACACUGAUGAUUUAACACAGACAACCAGAGAAAACACAUGACCUUAUAGAUUAAAUUAUGAUGUUCAACAUUUUCUUUCUAAUUCUUCAAGUAUGUAUUCAUAAAUUGUUGUUAAUGGCUCUAUACAGUAUGGUGGGCAUGUUCGAAUGUCAAAAAUGUUUUUGUCUGCUUCUCUUUCCUUUUCAUUUCUGUGAAAUAGAACAAUACUUGUGUUUAUCACAAUACUGUGCUUUAAAUUAAAGCUUUUUAAAAGGUUGAAAACCAAUAAAUCACUGAUGGAUUCAGUACUGUC